AUGAACUCCAUUGCCCCAUCUUCUGGUUCCGGAAGCUUCGAACAAUUGCGAGAAGACGGCCCCAGCUUCUGUCUGGGCCUGGAUGGCCAGCGGGCAAAUUCAUUGUUGCUUGACCCAUGGCUGGACAAUAAAGACGAAAAUGUACUGGGCCAAGACCAGAGCAGAUUUCAGAACGCAUCCUUCGUUGAAGAUUUGCCCUAUUUGGAUUCGAUAAGCGGCUCUAAUGCUAUAGAAGCGCACGCUCCGGCAGUCGCGUUUACAGCUACUGCUCUCAACAACACGGAAAAUGCAAGCAAUGGAAGUUUCAGUCGAGUCUUUGGUGGUGGCACUGAUAUAGAGCCCUCUUUUUCUUUCGAAUUGCCCAUAAACAGAUCGAUAUUCGCAGCAUAUGCUGAGCCAUACGCCACGUCAAACCUGCAAAACACUUUCACAGAUGAUGCAUCGCAUGCUUUGCACAGCAUCCAAUAUCAAGUCGGCCACCAAAGCUACAACUCCCACACUCGCCCCUGCUGCUGUUCGGUUUCAGCAAUGGGCCUGUUGGAGGACAUGGCGUUGCGAGAGCUUCGAGAUGAAAAUCUAUGCACCGACAUUGUGCUUAAAAACCUCAAAGAUUCUUUAAUUCUAAUGAGAACCUGGCUGGCAUGCAAGCUUUGUCCAGCACCGAGGGCCAUGCUUAUGCUCAUUGCCCUUAUCAUCGACCGCUUAUCGAUCUACUUGGAAAAGGGAGUAGCGCAUUACAUGUGCAAGCUGAAGAAGUUUAGGCAAAGGGACAAGGGCGAUUCCUCUCGUGACGGCGUUGUGGGCGACUACCCGAUUGAGUCCAACAACGAGUGGAUUCGCAUCAUGGGUGUCCUUCUUCAAGUCAAAUCUGAGGAAAUGUCCAACAUUGUAUCGUAUCUGAGCGCUCAAAGUGGCGUAAGUGAAAUUAUCCAGCUUGCCGACCGAAGGCUUAAAAUUAUCCUGGGUGAGCUUGGAGGCUGGGAAUGA